AUGUUGAAGCUAUCUAAAUGUUUGAAAAGCUCCACGGCCAGGUCCCUGUUAUGUUCAGAAGAAGGAGAAAAAUUUCUAACUGUGAUAACAUCAAAGUUGAAUAUGGCAAAAGUAGGAGAAAUACAAAUUGAUAGUAAUCUUGUUCGGUACUGGGAACGUAUCCAAUCGCAGGCAAAUGUUGUAAGCUCCAGAAGAAAAGAGAUAGAUCAGUUGAAGACUUUAAUAAAAGAAGAUUCUGAACUUAAAUCUCUGGCAGAAGAGGAGAAGAACAUGCUUGAGGACGCGCUAGACGAGAACCUGAUUGAAUUAGGAAAUGCCGUAGUCCCAAAGACUGAGAUGGACGUACUCCGAAAAUGUCAAAUAGAGUUGACCAGCGGGGCUGGUGGACAGGAAGCUAUGUUGUUUACGGGAGAAUUACUAGAAAUGUAUAGGAAAUAUGCAGAAUGGAAAGGAUGGAAAUGGGAACCCAUUCAACUGGAAGAUGUUGCUUUAGGUGGAAUCCGCUGUGCCUUAAUUGGCGUGACAGGAGAAAAUGCAUAUUCAAAAUUGAGGUUUGAAGCUGGUGUGCACAGGGUGCAACGAAUACCUUUAACAGAUAAAUCACGCAUGCACACCAGCACCGCCAGUGUAGCUAUUCUUCCUGAACCCGAGGAGGUUUCCGUCGUAGUGCCGUCAGACUCAGUCAAAAUAGAAACUAUGAGAGCUUCGGGACCAGGAGGCCAGAAUGUUAAUAAGAGAUCAACGGCCGUUAGAAUGACGCACAAAGACACGGGUAUUGCAGUUCAUUGUAUGGAUGAAAGGUUUCAGCAUUUAAACAUCCAAAUAGCCUAUAAGCGAUUAGCAGCUAUACUUCUGCAAAGGCAAGUAGAUGAGCAAAGUGACCGUUUUUCUUCAGAUAGGAAGUUACAGGUAGGAUCAAAAGCCAGAGCAGAGAAAAUCAGAACAUAUAAUUUCCAACAUGAUCGUAUAACGGAUCAUCGAAUUCAAAUGCAAUUGGGCAACAUCGAAGAAUUCAUGAAAGGAACAGAAGCAUUGGAUAAUAUGAUGAACCGAUUGAAUGACGAACACAUGAUUGACCGUUUGCGACAUAUACUGUUCAACUGUAUUACAGAAUAG